AUGGGCCUGAACCCCGCCUCCCGGAGGAAGGGCCGGCUCCGUUCCUCUAGGUCCCACGGGUCCUGCCCUAAACCGGCCUCGGGAACGGCAGGUAUGGGGCCAGAGGACCAACGCGUGGGAUCCCAAGUGUCUGUCCAGGUCUUGCCCAAGCAGCCAAAACAAGGGCCGUUACGACUGGGCAGAAGCCUCCAGAAGGGGGAGAAGCCCGGGGUUAGCUCGGAGACCGCCCCCACCCAGAAGAGAACUAAGUCCAGCGUGUCCCUGAAGUCCGAGACCGCAGGCAAGUUGACAAAGCCAGCAGCCAAGGGCAAACCAAGACCCCGACCUGGAGACCUGAUUGAGAUUUUUCGAAUUGGCUAUGAGCACUGGGCCAUCUACGUGGAGGACGAUCGCGUGGUCCACCUGGCCCCCCCGAGUGAGGACCUGGAGGCGGGCAGCAUCACCUCCAUCUUCAGCAACCGGGCUGUGGUGAAGUACAGCCGUCUGCAGGACGUGCUGCAGGGCUGCUCCUGGAAGAUCAACAACAAGCUGGACGGGACAUACCUGCCCCUGCCCGUGGACAAGAUCAUCCAGCGCACGAAGCAGAUGGUCAACAAGGUCGUGCAGUACAGCCUGAUCGACGGCAACUGUGAGCACUUCGUCAACGACCUCCGCUACGGCGUGCCCAGGAGCCAGCAGGUGGAGCAGGCCCUGAUGCAAGGCGUGAAGGCCGCGGGAGCCAUGAUCUCAGCCGUGGUGGAGAGCCUGAGGCCCAACCCAGCAACCGCCAGAAGUGGCUGA